AAUAGCUUACAAUGGGGUAGUUGAAAAAGAAAAAAAUCAGACGUGGAUUCAAUAGAGUUAAAAGUAUUUAACAUGUUGAAUAUCCAUAAGUGGGAUCCAUUUUUAUCAUUUUUUUUAUUUCAUCUUCAAUAUUUAUAAUCAAUUUUUUAUUAAAUUAUAUUUAUGUAAAAAGAAAUUAUACUAAAAUUUAUGAUUUUUUAUGCUCUACAAAUAGACACUUGGUUUAUUUGAUUUGGAUAUAUAAAAAUAUUUAUUUUAUUAAACAAAUGUAACAUAGAAUGGUGGGAAUAUGAUGUUAAUUUUUUUUAAACAAAAUUGUUGUAGAAUAGAACAUUAAAAAAAUAUUGAAUUCAUACGUGGAAAAGAGAAAUGAUGAUGUGGAGUAUUAACAUUAUAUAAUAGGGUGUUUCUAUGUACAAGAAGAAAAGCAACAAUACGCAGUAAUAAUGCAUCACUUGUCAUGUGUUUGAGGUUUAAAGUGUGGUUUUGUAAAUAUUUAUUUAUAAAUAAUUGAAUAUCUACAGAAACUAGUUUGACAAAACAUUAUGUAAUAAUCAAAAGUGUGCUAACAAUUUAACUAUAUCAACUAAAUUUUUACUUAAGAUCUGCAUUUAUUUUAUUUUGUAUUAGAUGAUAAAGUUAAAUAACAAAUGUUUUAUUUAUCAUUUAAAAUACUGUAAUUAAGCUUCAAUAAUAUUUUUAGUUUACCAUAUUUUACUAACAAUUGGCGAAACAGUAAUAUUUUUACAAAUUAGUCCGUGCAAUUUUUAGUUUGAGUUGUUAAUUAUUAUUGUUGUCUAUUAAAUGUCAUUUUUAGUUUGAGUUGUUAAUUAUUUUUUUUUAUUUUUUUUUUAUUUUAUCUAAAAUAUUUCUUAUAUUUAAUUUAAUGAAUGUUUUGAAAAUUGGACCAAACCGGUCAGUCAAACCAUAACUCUUUCCUUUAUCUAGUUAGAAAAUGUACUAAAAAUUAUAUUUAAGUUAAACCGAUAUAUGGUUAAGUGAUCGGCUAAACUCACGCGAACCGAUGACGUAAAUUAAUAUCACAACUUUUUUUCAAUCUAGAAUUAAAAAUAAAAGUGUAAAUUUAUAAGACAUUUUUACAAAUUAUUAUUAUAAAUAUUAUCUAGUAAAACCGUAAAAUAUUUUUUUACCAAUCAAACAUAUUCCGCACCACUUAUUCUAUCAAACCACACAUAACUUAACUUAUUAAUUUAACAUUGUUAAUGAAUAAUUUACAGCACUUAUCUUAACAAUGUUAAUAAAAAACUUUUGUCUUGUUUUUUAUAGUUGACGCAUGAAAUACUGACAAAAAGUAUAAUUCUAAGAACUUUUUAAAUGUAAAAAUAUAUGAUAGAUGAAAAAUAUUUGAUUUCAAUACGUUUUUUAAAAUGUUAAAAUAAUACUAAUUUAUAAAAAUUCUUUAGUUUACGUACGACUAUGAAAUCAAUAACUAUUAUCAUAUGCACCACCCCAUGUCUUUUGAUUCUAGACCAAGAAGAAAAUCCUAUGAGAAACAGAAGUUUCAAUUGCUCAAUAAAAGAAGAGUCUAUUAUGUUGGGUCAAAAUGAAACAAAAAGAAAGAAAAAAGAAUCCAAAAUAGACCAAAAAUUUAUGUUAUAGAUAUCAAUAUAAGUAUAUUACUAUACAUCAAUAUAAAUAGGGGAUUUCUAACUAUGCAGGGCCUCAAGUUUCCAAAAUUGACUCAAUUCAUUCUAAAUGUUUCAUUGACUUUAAUUAUUCAAAACAACAGUCAACAUUAUGAUAUGUAAAAACAAGUCAAGAUAUGUAUGACCAUCAAAUUAUGGAAAUGAGGACUUUUUAAUAUAUAUUAAAUUAUUGAUUAUUUUCCAAAUAAUGUAAAAUUUGGAUUGGCUCCCCUUUUGUUUGAAUAGUUUCUGACUUUGUGAAAGACAGCUUGGGAUUAAUUUAAUCUACAUGUAAAGAUUUGCAAACAAAUUAAAGAAAAAGACAAAAUGAAAUCUCUCAGUGGGUUUUUGUUUUUCUUGAUAAUAGCUUCUGCCAUUCUUCAAUCAGUCCAAGCUCAAAAUCAAUCAGGAUUUAUCAGCUUGGCUUGUGGAUUAAUCCCUAAGAGUGCAACCUAUACGGAGAAGACAACGAAUAUAUCAUACAUAUCAGAUGCGAACUUUAUUGACAGUGGAAUCGUCGGGAGGAUCGAUGAUUCAUACAAGACACUUUUUCAACAACAGACUUGGACCUUAAGAAGCUUCCCCGAAGGUCAGAGAAACUGUUACACUUUCAACCUUAAAGAGAACAGUAAAUAUCUGAUCAGAGGAACUUUUGUGUACGGAAAUUAUGACGGUCUUAAUCAGAUUCCUGAGUUUGAUCUUCACGUUGGUCCUAAUAAAUGGACUUCUGUUACACUUAAAGGAGUAGCAAAUGCUUCGAUCUACGAGAUCAUCCAUGUUGUAGCACAUGACCGGCUUCAAGUUUGUCUAAUCAAAACCGGAAACACGACACCGUUUAUAUCGUCCUUGGAACUUCGUCCGUUGAGCAACAAUACGUACCAGUGUUUCAAAAAAGAAAAAAAGAACAACAAUACGUACCUAACUCAAAGUGGAUCCCUGAUGUCGUUCGCUAGAAUUUAUUUUCCGCAGACUCCAUCUUUCCUCAGGUAUUAUGAAGACGUCCAUGACAGAGUUUGGGUUCCAUACAUAAAUAACGAAACCGUGUCGUUAAGUACUAAUCUUACAAUCGAUACAAGUAUUGGUUCUUACAAUGUGCCUCAACAUGUGGCAAACUGCGCAAUUUUUCCUGCAAAUGCUUCUCAUCCUCUCAACUUAUGGUGGGAUAUUGGCGACACCAAUGCACACUCAUAUAUAUACAUGCAUUUCGCAGAAAUUCAGAAUCUUGGCUCUAAUGAGAUCAGAGAAUUCAACAUUAGUUACAACGGUGGUGAAGUUUGGGAAAGUUUCUUUAGACCUCACAAACUCAAGAUCACAACUAUCUUUAGUCCAACAGCUUUGAGUUCUCCAGAUGGGAAAUUCAAUUUCACUUUUACAAUGACUGAAAGGUCUACUCUUCCUCCACUUAUCAAUGCCCUUGAGGUCUAUACAGAUGUGGAAAAUUUGCUGCUCGAGACACACCAAGAUGAAGUUUCUGCGAUGAUGAACAUCAAGAAAACAUAUGGAUUAAUGAAUAAAAAUAUAAGCUGGCAAGGGGAUCCAUGUUCUCCUAAAAUUUAUCGAUGGAAAGGCGUGAAGUGCCUUUAUCUGAACUCUGAUCAACCUCGCAUCGUAUCCUUGUAUGUCUUUUAUUUCGUUCGUUUAUAUUUCAUAAGCUUUUUUUUUGUUUCGGAGUUUCUCACAGAUUCUAACUCUUUAAACAUUAGGAAGUUGGCAGCGAGUGAUUUGAACGGUGCCAUAACACCUGACAUAGCUGGCCUAACACAACUGAGAGAACUAGAUUUAUCAAAGAAUGAUUUAUCGGGAGAGCUUCCAGAUUUUCUUGCUGAUAUGAAGUUGUUGACGUUCAUAAACUUAAAGGGAAACCCUAAGCUGAAUCUCACAAUUCCAGAUUCUCUUCAACAAAAGAUAGAUGACAAAGUUUUAAUACUACUUAUAGAUGAAAAACUGGGUAGAAAGUUUCCUUUGGUUGCUGUGACGGUAUCGGUGGUGGCUGGUGUGAUCACUUUACUAGCUAUCUUUACCAUAUGUUUCAUUGUCGCAAGGAAAAAACGUAGUGAAGUCCCUAGUAAUAUUAAUAGUGAGACGAGAUCAACCAAUCAAUCAAUCAGAACAAAGGAACGAAUAUUCACGUAUUCUGAGAUACUAAAGAUGACGAAUAACUUUGAGAGAGUUCUUGGUAAAGGAGGCUAUGGAAGAGUGUAUUAUGGAAACUUAAAUGGUACUCAAGUAGCCGUGAAAAUGCUCUUUCAUACAACAGCUGCUCACGACUAUAAUCAUUUCAAAGCAGAGGUUGAAUUUCUUUCAAGAGUUCACCAUAGAAAUUUGGUGGGACUUGUGGGUUACUGUGAUGAUGGUGACAACUUGGCUUUGAUUUAUCAGUACAUGGCCAAUGGAGAUUUAAAGGAGAAUAUGUCAGGAAAAAGCGGUGGACAUGUUCUAACUUGGGAGAACAGACUGCUAAUAGCGAUGGAAGCUGCACAGGGAUUGGAGUAUCUACACAAUGGAAGUGUACCUCCCAUGGUCCAUAGAGAUGUGAAAUCUACUAACAUAUUGUUGAAUGAGCUGUUUGAAGCGAAGCUAGCUGAUUUUGGGCUUUCUAGAUCUUGCCCGGUGGAUGGUGAAACUUCUGAAUCAACAGUAGUAGUUGCAGGAACACCUGGUUACUUAGAUCCUGAGUACUACAUAACAAACUUGCUAACCGAGAAGAGUGAUGUGUACAGCUUCGGGGUAGUGCUAUUAGAGAUCAUAACAAACCAGGCUGUGAUUGAUACAACCCGAGAGAGAUCUCACAUUACAAAUUGGGUUAGAUUCAUGAUCCGGAAAGGAAACAUUGAGAAUAUUAUUGACCCAAAACUGAUGGGAGAUUUUGAUACAAACGGUGUGUGGAAGGCUAUUGAGUUGGCUAUGACUUGUGUAAACCCAACCUCCAACCGUAGACCAACAAUGCCACAUGUUGUGAUGGAGCUAAGCAAAUGUCUGGAGUCUGAAAUUUCCAGGAAACAAGGGAGUCAAGUGAUGUGUUUUGAAGAUUCUAUUGACUUUAAUUUAUCUCCUGGUUCUGAAAGCCCUCCUAGACCGAGGUGAGUUGAAAGGAAUUGAUGUUUAAUUAACGCAAUGAUCGUUGAAAUAUACUUCGAAGUGUUAAGUUAUCUAUGGAAUUGAAAAUUGUCUUCUGUAAUUUGCAUCGAGCAAAAAAGUUUGUUUCUGUAUCCUUAGCGUUUAUUUUAAAAGUUAAGAACACAAUUUAUAUUAGAUAUUAUAAAUUCACAAUUUUCAAUAAAUAACUCUUUCAAAAAAGUAUGGACCCCACAGACAAAUAUUUAAUAUUUAAAAAGUUAAGUAGACAAUUUAUUUUAGAUAGAUAACCAAGUUCAAUUAACUAUGUUUAUCAAUUUGAAGCAAACGUCUAAUAUAUAAACGAUGACAACCUACACACUAUAUAUAUAUAGCUGCUGUGAAUUUAUUAUUGUAAGUGUUUUUGUAUAAUUUAUUUUUAUUGUUAAAAUCAAUUUCCAAUAUAGAUAGGUUUAUAAAAUAUAAGAAGUAUUGUUACAAUGUAAGAUAAGAAUAAUCAUAAUUUCUCGAUAGAACCGAAUCACACGAAUAUUUUUAAAAUAUUUUAAAUUUCUGUGUUUUAUUUAAAAUCUAAAAUUUAUGAUUUUAUCAAUUUAUUUGAAAUGAUCUAAAAAAUAUGAAUCGAACCAGAAUUUAAUUGAAUUCAAAAUUUUAUUGGGUUUCUAGCAUUGUUAUCCAGAUCUAGCCGAAAAAUAGUAAUCAAAUCAAAAUCUAACCCAAAUUUAUAAAUAAUCGAACAGUUUCUAUAUUUUUUGAACAAAAAAAUUAAAAAUCAUAACCGAACCGAUA